AUGACACAAGCGAAGAAUGAGGAUACAGAUGAGUCUGCCAUGGCGAUUGCUCCAGGGCGGAGGAUGCGUGUGUACUCCCCAGCGGGUUCGCUGGUGGCGCUUGCGCGGGCGCUGCAGGAAUGCGCUGAGCGAAUUCAUCUUGGACCUCACGGUUUACUCGCGGCCUCGGUAAGCGUUGAUGGUGAGCUGCGACUUCUGCGCCCAAGGGCCAAUGAUGUGAUGCGGAAUACGGCGGGGCUGGAGGCAUGGCAGGUGCUUUGGCGUGUGUUUCUAGCAGAUAACUCAACCCCCAGGACGAGGGCAGGGAGUCAUGUAAACAGAGGGGCGUAUCAACGACUCUCAGAUGGUCAGGGACGAUUACUCCUCACGUGUGCAUCGUUACUGCGUCAACUUCUUUCUCCCAAUACACAUUACCCGGUCGCUGGCUCUCCGUCUUCGCUACGGAAUAGGCUGCGGCUAGUGCGAGUACUGCGUGAGAUAACAACUCCUGGGGAGAUGCGAUAUGUUUCCCCUGUGGGAGAUGACGAGGACGACGAUGGCGCGGAGCAACAAAGAGGGGAUGAUGUGAUUGGUCGAAUGGUGCGUGCAUCUCUUCGGGAUUUGCAGCCUUAUGUCUACGGUGUUGCUGGUUCCAAGGUGACACGACGGGUGGUGGAGGGUUGUAUCCAUUUCAUCAUGUGCACACACGUUGAGGAUGAUGUGCUGACGAAACUUCGGCAACUGCUUGUGCGUUUUCUGUGGAGUUCGUCAUUUCCAAACGGAGAGGGGGACCUGCAUUCCAUUGUGGCUCGAGCACGGGACGUGUUGAUUGACCCAACAUCAUACAUUGUACCUUGCCAGGGUGAAUCGGUACUUCAUUCUCGCGUUCUACCAUUUGGCACCUUUCUGCUGCCCACCGUGUCUCCCGAGAUCUCCCCGCACCAAGGCACAGUCACACCAUUUUUCACUUUGGAGCGCCAUGGUGAUGGACAAGCCGAGCGGGUCAUGUUCCUGCGCAUCGACGAUCAAGGUGGUUUGCUGCAGUUUGAGCACUCCAACAGGAAGGAAAAAAUUGAUACUGACAGUGACAUGGACGCGGGGGAUUGUAGCAAUGAUGGGAGUAGGGUUGUCGAGCGACAGUGGACGACGACGGAGCAGGAAAAGGCGCAGUGGGAAGCUGCACGGAUGCUUUAUGAAUGGGCUUGGAUGCACGGUGUGACUGCCGUACUCACUCCUUCUCACGUACCUCCUGUUAUGAAGACGUAUGGACUUCGCUACAACGUUACUGGCAACAGGGAUAAAGAGCGGGAAUGCAGACGCCCCAUUUUUAUGGUAGAUGAAGUGGAUGAAGUUGGUUUUGAUGCGUUACUGCGUCGGUUACAGUACUGGAGACAUGAGAAAUUAACGGAAAGAUGUGGUGCUCAGGAGGAUCCCGUUUGGUGCCCCACAGCGGCUGUUUUGCGCCGUGAUGUGUUGGAAUUGCCGGGCCGAGCGGAGGAUGUUCUUUUCCCUUUUUCCCGUCUGGCGCAUGGGCCUCUACUUGAAGUUUGCUCGUCUGCCAACGUAAGGGAAUUUAUGGUGAAUAAAUGCAGUAACGUGCGAGUGGUGCUGCUGGAGUUGGAUCAAGGCACACUUUUGGAAGAAAGUGCGCGUGGUCUUCGGAGGCUUCAGGGUGUGGGCUCAAUGUUGCUCGUGGCCCCAACUGCUUAUCAGCUUCGCAUGUACACAGAUUUACUGCUAAAGUGUUUGGCGAGCGUACGGGCAGCUAUGGACGCAUCACCGUCGAGUGGCGAUGCGAGUCCCGAGUGUGGUCUUGGUUUUGUGCGGGCGGGAGGAGCCUUGCCGAUCGCUCUCUCACGUCAACUGCGCCUCAGUGCAGAGGCGUUGAAGUGCCAAAUGCGGAGGCUCGAGGGCACUAGUCAUGUUGAUGAUGCGCAUGCAACGGCCAACUUGCCUGUGGUGGCGGCGGUGUUGCAGAUGUUGUCUGAGGUGCUGCUGGAAUUGCCGCGGCGUCUGGCAGAACUUAUCACUGCCCAUCAUCAGCCACUGCGACACGCGUGGCUGCAACUUGAGAGCGACGCGAUUAGUCGGGCGAAAUCUCACUCUGCAAACUCUCUUACUUCCUUACGGGAACCACCGCUCCAUGUCUGCAUACGCGAGGACGUUUCCUUCUAUCGUCGCGCCCGUAUGCCUCCACCGUGCGAAGUGGGCCACGGUGACGGAGAGCGAAGUUACUUCUGUUGCAGCGAUACGGAAAGUAGUGACAGCGAGUCUGAUGAGGAUGAGGAUGCAUGCCGACAGGAACGGUUGCGUGGGCCACCCUCUCUUGGUUUUGUUGAGCCGAUUGCGACGACGGCAGGUGCGCUUCGUGCUGCAAUAACACUCCUGCGUUUAACGUUGAUGGACGACUCAGGUGCGCUCGAGACCGCUGGGUUGUGA